UGGGCGAGUUUGUGAGUGAUGCCCUUCUGGUACCUGACAAGUGCAAGUUCCUUCACCAGGAAAGGAUGGAUGUGUGUGAAACUCACCUACACUGGCAUACUGUUGCUAAAGAGUCCUGUAGUGAGAAGAGUAUGAAUCUGCAUGACUACGGCAUGCUGCUGCCCUGUGGAAUUGACAAGUUUCGUGGUGUGGAGUUUGUUUGCUGCCCAUUAGCAGAGGAAAGUGACAAUCUUGAUUCAGCUGAUGCUGAAGAUGAUGAUUCAGAUGUCUGGUGGGGAGGUGCAGAUGCAGACUAUGCGGAUGGAAGUGAGGAUAAGGUAGUAGAAGAACAACCAGAGGAAGACGAGGAGCUAACCGUUGUGGAAGAUGAAGAUGCUGAUGACGAUGAUGAUGAUGAUGGUGAUGAAAUUGAAGAAGAGACAGAGGAAGAGUAUGAGGAGGCAACGGAAAGAACUACCAGUAUUGCAACCACGACUACCACAACUACAGAGUCUGUGGAAGAGGUCGUCAGAGAGGUGUGCUCUGAGCAAGCCGAGACGGGUCCCUGCCGCGCGAUGAUCUCCCGCUGGUACUUUGACGUGGCCGAAGGAAAGUGCGCGCCCUUCUUUUACGGCGGCUGCGGCGGGAACCGGAACAACUUUGACUCGGAGGAGUACUGCAUGGCGGUCUGUGGCAGCGUCAUCCCUACCACAGCCGCUAGCACUCCUGAUGCUGUUGACAAAUACUUGGAGACACCUGGGGAUGAGAAUGAACAUGCCCAUUUCCAGAAAGCCAAGGAGAGACUUGAAGCUAAGCAUCGUGAAAGGAUGUCUCAGGUCAUGAGAGAGUGGGAAGAGGCAGAACGCCAAGCAAAGAACUUGCCAAAGGCCGACAAGAAAGCUGUUAUCCAGCAUUUCCAGGAGAAAGUGGAAUCUCUGGAACAAGAAGCAGCAAAUGAAAGACAACAGCUGGUAGAGACUCAUAUGGCACGGGUGGAAGCCAUGUUGAACGAUCGUCGCCGCAUCGCUCUGGAGAACUAUAUCACAGCCCUGCAGACUGUCCCACCCAGG